CUUUAACCGGAAGUUGAGUUGGGUGUUCCUAACCUCACGGAGAUGUUUACAAACAAUCAACGAAUAUAGCAAACCUGUAAAUUGAACGCCAUUUUGUGGCCCUUUCAUAUAUUCACACAUAUAUAUAACGUUUUUAAAGAUGGCUGGGAACUACUAUUUUGUCAUUGUUGGUCACCAUGACAAUCCCAUCUUUGAAAUGGAAUAUUUUCCCCCUAACAAGGCUCCUGAUACCAAGAAGGAGGACCAUCGUCAUCUGAACCAGUUUGUGGCUCAUGAAGCGUUAGAUUUGGUGGACGAGAUGAUGUGGACCACACCAAAUAUGUACCUGAAAAUUGUGGACAAAUUCAAUGAGUGGUUUGUGUCAGCAUUUGUCACAGCUGGACGAAUGAGGUUGAUAAUGCUCCAUGAUGUCAAAAAUGAAGAUGGUAUAAAGAACUUCUUCCAGGAAAUGUACGAGACAUAUAUUAAACAUGCCAUGAAUCCUUUCUAUGAAAUCAACCAACCCAUAACAUCAACAGCAUUCGAGAAGAAAGCACAGACAUGCGGAAAGAGACACUUAACUGGAUAAUGUUCUAUAAUUAAUGUCAUAAUGCAAUUGACAUUUAAUGGUACUAGUGAGAACAUGUUUUAAACCAGUUUUCUGAUAAUAAUGCUUAAUUGACGGCAUUUAAGUGGGCUGAAGAUAUAUUGAAAAUAUGAUGUGAGCAAAAUGUCAUGAAAAUUGGAGUUCUUUUGCGUAGCAUAAUGUUUAUUGGCUAUUAAGGAAAUAGGGUUUAAAGUGUUAUAUUAAAGUGAACUUUGAAGAGUUGAAGAUACAAGAUAAGUUUUAAACAUUUUGUUAUUGUGAUAUCAUGCUUUUUAUAAAAUAAUGUGUACUGGGUACCCGGGACUGGGUAUGUGUUUAAUUGAAACAUAAAGCCUGUUAUGGUCUCCUGGUUGCCUUUAACCCUUUGCAUGCUGGGAAAUUUGUCAUCUGCUAAAAUGUCGUCUGCUGAAUUUCUAAAAUUAGCAUUUUUUUCGAUUUUGUUUUCAAAGAAUACUAUCAGAAUAGCAAACAGUUUGGAUCCUGAUGAGACGCCAUGUUUUGUGGCGCUUCAUCUGGAUCCAAACUGUUUGCAAAGGCCUUCAAAAUUCGGUUCCAGCACUGAAUGAGUUAAAUGUAAGGAAUCCAUGCUUUGAUUACCGGUAGACCACUGUGACAGUAGCAGGGAAAUCUUUAUAUGUAUAUGUGCAAUCUUAUUAUUAUUAUUUUAUGCACUGAACCAUAACUUGGUUGAUAUUGUUCUGAAUAAACAAAUAUAAAUGAU